AUGGCUGCAUUUAUAGAAAUGCGACAGAAAGGUUUGAGGCCAGAUGUAGUCAACUACAACACGGUAAUUGACAUUCUUUGCAAGACAGGCAGAGUGGAGGAUGCCGUGUGCCAUUUCAAUCAGAUGGUAAGUGAAGGGUUGUCUCCUGAUAUCAUAAGUUUUAACUCACUAAUACAAGGUCUCUGUACCGUUGGUGAAUGGAAGAAGGUUGAGGAACUUGCUUUUGAAAUGAUCAAUAGGGGCAUCCAUCCCGAUGCCAGAUUCCUGAACGCAAUAAUGGAUACCCUAUGCAAGGAAGGAAGGGUUGUGGAAGCACAGGAUUUCUUUGAUCUAGUUAUACGCACUGGUGUGAAACCAGAUGUUGUUUCAUAUAAUAUACUGAUAGAUGGAUAUUGCUUAGAUGGGAAGAUGGAUGAAUCGAUUAAGCUACUUGAUCGUAUGGUCUCCAUUGGCUUGCGACCUGACAUUGUGACCUAUAGUGCUUUGCUUAAUGGCUACUGUAAGAAUGGAAGGGUUGAUGAUGCACUAGCACUUUACAGAGAAAUGUUCAGCAAGGAUGUUAAACCUGAUGCUAUUACAUAUAACAUAAUGUUGCACGGGCUAUUUCAGGCUCGAAGGAUUGUUGCUGCAAGGGAAUUCUACAUGAAAAUGGUUGACAGCGGAACACAGUUGGGAAUCAACACAUACAACAUAGUUCUUGGAGGACUCUGUGAAAAUAGUUGUGUUGAUGAAGCGCUGAUAAUUUUUGAGGGCUUGCGUUCAAAAGAAUUUCAGCUUGAGGUUCGGACUUUCAAUAUAAUGAUUAAUGCCUUGCUGAAAGUUGGUAGGAUUGAUGAAGCUAAGGGCCUGUUUUCGGCUAUCGUGCUCAGUGGUCCUGUGCCUGAUGUAAUAACCUACAACUUAAUGAUCGAAAGUCAUAUAAAAGAAGGUUUGUUAGAAGAGUCUGAUGAGCUUUUUCUAUCUAUGGAGAAGAAUGGCUGUGCUGCCGACUCACGUAUGCUAAAUGCCAUAGUUAGAAGACUACUUGAAAAAGGAGAUGUGAGAAGGGCUGGAACCUACCUCACCAAAAUUGAUGAGAAGAACUUCCCCAUUGAAGCUUCCACCGCUGCAUUGCUGAUUUCUUUUAUUUCAGAGAGGAAGUAUCAGAAAGAAGUGAAGUUUCUUCCUAAAAAAUACCAAUCUUUCAUGGAACAUAGGGAUGAUUGA